AUGGUGGACUCAUUCGGGCGCACAACGUCAAUCACAAAGGAAACAGUCCGGCGGUUGGCAGACGGCUCCAACAUUAUUGAAACGAAAACCACCAACAUUUCGCGACCCACAUCAAGAAACAGCUCUUUAAGCAGCUCUGUCAGAGCAGGCUCUUUCCAUGGGCACCAGGGUGCAGGCUACAAUUUGGAUAAAAUUGACGAGGACCUCCAGGACUUUGACUACACUUAUUUGGACAGCCCUCCACAACUAAAUGAGAGUCUAGGUGUUUCAAGGCUGGAUGUCCAGAAGCUGGACAUGCAAAGGCGGGAGUAUCUGCCAGAUAUUCAAAGAGAAGACGAACAAUAUAUGCAAGAACAGCGCAAUGCUCUUCUUGAACGAAACGGCUCUAUCACAAGCGCAGGCUCACCAAAACGAUUAAGAUCUAUUCUCAAAAACUCCCAAGGAAAAGUAUGGCCCGAGGACAUGGACGAUCGGACAAGUGACGUCCAUAGUGAUCAAUAUGGAGCAGGAAAGAGACAUGAAGUUACUUCGCCCAACAUGCGUGCUGGCCAAUUAUCCAAUGCGUCAGGAAACUCAAUCAAGUUUCGAGAAACAGUCGAAACAAUCUCGUAUUCGCCUGAAGGUCACAACACUGAGGUUUUGCAGAAGGAAAAGUUGAUCAAGGAGGAAAAGGAGAAACAACAGAAUGUCGAUCUCUACGUACGGGCAUUGCAAGUGGCAACAGAAAGGGUUUAUGGUAAAGCAGACCAUAAGCUUGAAACACCGCCUGAUUCGCCAAUUCCGGAUGCACAUGUUGCUUCAAAGCAGGUAGGAGCUUUGGCUGCUAAGAAAAUAAAGAAAGACCAUAAGCGUGAAGACGUGGAGCUCGGAGGUGUCAACAGAAACUACAUCUACGAAAACCAUCAUCGCGACUUUUCUUUGCAUUCUCUUCGUGGAAAGGAACAGGAAUCCUCUACCACCAGAAAAAAGAGAGCAAAACAAGAAAUGAAAAUGCGCAAGGAGGAGGAAAAGCGAGAGGCGGAGCUUUUGAAAGCUGCGCAGAAGGAAAAGAAGAAGCAGGAAAAGGCAUCGAAGAAGAAGAAAACCCUUGACUUGUUUGGGCGUUCCAAAAGAAACAGCAGCGUAAGUGAUUCAUUUAUGUCUGGCCAACUGAUCACUACAGGAGAGCCUCAGAAAGAGGAUGGCUUAGAACGACAAAAAAACGGUGAGGCACAACAAGAACGUGAGAUACAUUCAGCGAACAACGAUCUGGUAGAACCACAAAACAAUGUGGUACAAGCAGAAACGAAUUUUACGGCAGAAGAUCAGCUAAACGAUGGUUUGGACUCUCAUCCCAGCACUUCAGAUCAUUUUGUGGAUGUUCCGGAGGCGAUCGAAGAGGAUGAGGAGGAAAGAACCCGUGUGAGGCUUAGUGUGAUGAAAGAACCUUCAAGAGCGGCACCGCCCGAGCCAGAAACAUCAAAAAAGGAGACGUUAAGAAAGAUUCCUCCAGCAGAUCUGGAAAUUAUUUCAGAGGAUUCCAGAAUCCCUCAAGUGCACAUUGGGCCAGCGCCAGAAACCUCCGAAAAGGAUGAUGCACAAGGAACAAUUGCUACUACUGGUCAAGAUGUUACUACCAAUGAUGAAGAUGAUAUCAUCGCAGCUCAUGAAGAAACUAACGCUGAUUCAGGGAUUGGCUCGGAAAAUAUUGGUACUGAAGCUGUUACGGAGACUCUUGCUGAGCCUAGUAUUAUCAAACAUGACGUCAAUAUUGACGCCGCUGCAAAACCACCUGUGGAAAGUCUAACAAGUUCGACAAUUGAGCCUAUUUCGGAAAACGAGGUUCCUACGUUAGUUUCCUCUGCAAACGGAAUUCCCCAAGUUAUUACAGAAUCAAGUCUUCAUGAAACUAAAGAGGAUGUUUUCCAUUCUCCAAAAUUGGAAGUUUCUUCUGGCGAAAUAUUCAAUGAUGCGAAAUACAAUGACGAUGUUGACAAUUUCGUGGAUGUUUCACAACGGGAGCAGGACUCUCAGGCUGCAAAGGGAACGAAGGAAAGUCACCGUGAAGCAGCGGUGAUAGUUCCAAUAUCUGACUCUUCAUCCGAACUUGGCGACUGGAAAGCCUCAAAUUCUCCAUUUCGGUCGAGACACAGAAGCAUCUCCGGGUUUGGAAGAGGUCAAUGGUAUGGAGCCUUCCCAAGAGGAAGAGGAACGUAUUCCUGA